AUGCUUGCAUCAUCACUAUUCUCACUCCUUCUCUUAUCCACUUCGGCAUUCGGUUUAUCCGACAGAAAAGCUCAUGAACUUUCGAGAUCCAGAGCAAGAGCACACUAUGGUAAACGUGAGAAAUUCACCUUCGAAGUUAACGCCAAUACUACUUCUGAUAAUACAAUCGAAAAAAGAGGUCAGCAAUACGCCAACUCAAGAGCUACUUUCUAUGAUGUCGGGUUAGGAGCUUGUGGUUGGUACAACAGUGCCAACGAUUACAUUGUAGCUCAGAACUCUGCACAAUACGGUGGAGGCUACCCUGGUCCCAACUGUGGUAGAAGCAUAACGAUUUCUUACGGAGGCAAACAAGUAACGGCCACCAUCGCCGAUGAAUGUCCGACAUGUCCUUACGGAGGUUUAGACAUGUCCAGAGGAUUAUUCACGCAAUUUGCUAGCGAAGGAGCAGGUGUAUUUUACAUGACUUGGUGGUACAACGAUGAAUCACAAGAAGCCACUACCACAUCUGAAAAACCAAAAACAACCGCUACAUCAACAUAUACACCUCCCACUUCAACUUAUGUCGAACCCUCUACUACACCCACCCCUACUUCAACAUACGUUGAACCUUCCACAUCCUCCAGUCCUACUCCUACUCCUACAUCAACAGUCGAAUCAUCUACAUCCUCUUCUGUCGUCGCUUCAGCGUCAACAACCUCAUUCCUCCCUUCAGCAUCAUCUUCAGGAUUAGCCGAUACAGUCUUACAGACCAAUGCCACCCUCCCUGCUAUAGCAAAUGCCACAAGUACAAUCAGCUCAGAAGACAGCGAAACUACUGCUCCUGUAGCAGCUUUGGGUAACUUGGUUUUAUUCAACCAAGCCGUCGCUUAUUUAGGUCAUUUAGUAGUAGUUGGUGCUGAGAACUAG